UUCUAAAGGAAGAACCUCGCGCUCGCUCUCUCUCUCUCUCAUCUCAGAAGUAAUCAUGACAAGCGCUACGUCCCCCAUCCUGCUGAAAUGGGACCCGAAGAGUCUGGAGAUCCGCACUCUGACCGUGGAGAGGCUGCUGGAGCCGUUGGUCACGCAGGUGACCACUCUGGUGAACACCAGUAACAAAGGACCGUCCAGUAAGAAGAAGGGUCGCUCUAAGAAGGCCCACGUCCUGGCCAUGUCUGUCGAGCAGGCCACGCAGAACUUCCUGGAAAAGGGCGAGCAGAUUGCCAAGGACAGCCAGGACCUGAAGGAAGAGCUGAUCACCGCUGUAGAGGAAGUCCGUAAACAAGGUGAGAGUAUGCGUGUGGCCUCCUCAGAGUUUGCUGAUGAUCCAUGUUCAUCAGUGAAGAGAGGGACGAUGGUUCGAGCCGCUCGCGCUCUUCUCUCCGCUGUCACUCGCCUCCUCAUCCUUGCUGACAUGGCCGACGUCAUGAGACUCCUCGCUCACCUCAAAAUCGUGGAGGAGGCUCUCGAGGCAGUGAAAAACGCCACCAACGAGCAGGACCUUGCGAACCGCUUUAAGGAGUUUGGGAAGGAGAUGGUGAAGCUGAACUACGUGGCUGCUCGCAGACAGCAGGAGCUGAAGGAUCCUCAGUGCCGGGACGAGAUGGCGGCAGCUCGCGGGGCUCUGAAGAAAAACGCCACCAUGCUGUACACGGCGUCUCAGGCCUUCCUGCGGCACCCGGACGUUGCGGCCACUCGUGCAAACCGUGACUACGUCUUCAAACAGGUGCAGGAGGCCAUCGGGGGAAUCUCCAGCGCCGCCCAGGCCACGUCCCCCACCGAGGAGAAGCACGGACAUGCCGGCAUCGGAGAGCUCGCCGCCGCCCUCAACGAGUUCGAUAAUAAAAUCAUCCUGGACCCGCUGACAUUCAGUGAAGCUCGUUUCCGCCCUUCUCUAGAAGAGCGUCUGGAGAGCAUCAUCAGCGGCGCCGCCCUCAUGGCCGACUCGUCGUGCACACGUGAUGACCGUCGCGAACGCAUCGUGGCCGAGUGCAACGCUGUGCGUCAGGCACUACAAGACCUGCUCAGCGAGUACAUGAACAACACGGGAAGGAAAGAGAGAGGUGACCCACUGAACUCUGCCAUUGACAAGAUGACAAAGAAGACCCGCGACCUGCGUAGACAGCUGAGGAAGGCUGUGAUGGACCACAUCUCUGAUUCCUUCCUGGAGACCAAUGUACCACUACUGGUCCUCAUUGAAGCAGCCAAGAGCGGCAAUGAGAAGGAGGUGAAGGAAUACGCUCAGGUCUUCCGUGAACAUGCAAACAAACUUGUUGAGGUGGCUAAUCUGGCAUGUUCCAUCUCCAACAACGAGGAAGGGGUGAAGCUGGUGCGCAUGGCCGCUACGCAGAUUGACAGCUUGUGUCCUCAGGUGAUCAACGCUGCCCUGACACUGGCAGCUCGUCCCCAGAGCAAGGUGGCUCAGGACAACAUGGACGUGUUUAAAGACCAGUGGGAGAAGCAGGUACGCAUUCUGACCGAGGCUGUGGAUGACAUCACCUCUGUCGAUGACUUCCUGUCUGUGUCAGAGAACCACAUCUUGGAGGAUGUGAAUAAGUGUGUGAUAGCACUCCAGGAGGGCGAUGUGGACACACUGGAUAGGACAGCGGGGGCGAUCAGAGGUCGCGCUGCUCGUGUGGUGCACAUCAUCAAUGCAGAGAUGGAGAACUACGAGCCGGGUGUGUACACCGAGCGAGUCUUGGAGUCCAUCAAGCUGCUGUCUGAAACUGUAAUGCCCCGUUUUGCCGAGCAGGUAGAAGUCGCCAUUGAAGCUCUGAGCACCAACCCACCUCAGCCCUUUGAAGAGAAUGAGUUCAUCGAUGCCUCACGUCUGGUCUACGAUGGCGUGCGUGACAUCAGGAAAGCUGUCCUCAUGAUACGGACCCCUGAAGAGCUGGAGGAUGACUCUGACUUUGAGCAGGAAGACUAUGACACUCGGAGCCGUACCAGUGUCCAGACUGAAGACGAUCAGCUCAUUGCCGGCCAGAGUGCAAGGGCCAUCAUGGCUCAGCUCCCUCAGGAGGAAAAGGCAAAGAUCGCUGAGCAGGUGGAAAGCUUCCGGCAGGAAAAGAGCAAGUUGGACGCUGAGGUGGCCAAGUGGGACGACAACGGCAAUGAUAUCAUCGUGUUGGCCAAGCAGAUGUGCAUGAUCAUGAUGGAGAUGACAGAUUUCACUAGGGGAAAAGGCCCACUGAAGAACUCAUCUGAUGUCAUCAAUGCUGCCAAGAAGAUUGCAGAGGCUGGAUCCAGAAUGGACAAACUGGCCCGAGCUGUAGCCGACCAGUGUCCUGAUUCAGCUUGUAAGCAGGACCUGCUGGCUUACCUGCAGAGAAUUGCUCUCUACUGCCACCAGCUCAACAUCUGCAGCAAAGUCAAAGCCGAAGUUCAGAAUCUCGGAGGAGAACUCAUCGUCUCAGGGCUGGACAGCGCUACAUCCCUCAUCCAGGCGGCCAAGAACCUGAUGAACGCCGUGGUCCUGACGGUCAAGGCCUCGUAUGUGGCUUCCACCAAGUACCAAAAGGUGUACGGAACAGCAGCAGUCAAUUCUCCUGUAGUGUCAUGGCGCAUGAAGGUGCCAGAGAAGAAGCCACUCGUGAAGAGGGAGAAGCCCGAGGAGUGUCAGACCCGUGUGCGCCGAGGCUCGCAGAAGAAACACAUCUCACCAGUCCAAGCCCUCAGCGAGUUCAAGGCCAUGGACUCUUUUUAAUUCUACAGGUGGCAAGAAAAAAAGUUCCAAGGAUCUACCCCUCAAACUCUUCAAAUUCCUCUUGACUUUUCCCUCUAUCUCUUUUCUUUCUUUCCCGUCUCCUGUUUGCAGCUUCCUGUAUCCCGUUUCAUGUAGAGGCAAAGGUGUUGCCAUGGAUACUCUUGAUUUUCUUUCUGGAGAACAAUAAAGUGCACCACAAAACCGAGAAACGUGGGGGAGAUGGACAUGUGUUUAAUCUUGGAGUUCAGUGCAAUUCCUGUGGUGUUUGUUAGUUACCAGUGUUCACUACUGACUAGCCUGACUAGCCAUAUUUACACAGAUACUAUGGAGCCCCACUGCUGACAUCCCUACUUUAAGAAAAUGCAUGGCCACAAGUUAAGUAUGAGAUAAUUAAGUCGAGGGAACAAGAUAAGUAAGUCAUGGUCUUGAUUUAGUAACAAUCGGGAAUGAGAUAAUUAUAUCAUGGCUAUGAUUUUAUAACUCAAGGGGAUGAGAUAAUUAAGUAGUGGCCUUGUUACCUUGAGUCACAAUGUUGUGACUAUGACUUAAAUAUAUUGUUGUCUCAAGUUACACUAUAUUGCCAAAAGUAUUCGCUCACCUGCCUUGACUCACAUAUGAGCUUAAGUGACAUCCCAUUCCUAAUCCAUAGGGUUCAAUAUGACAUCGGUCCACCCUUUGCAGCUAGAACAGCUUCAACUCUUCUGGGAAGGCUGUCCACAAGGUUUAGGAGUGUGUUUAUGGGAAUUUUUGACCAUUCUUCCAGAAGCGCAUUUGUAAGGUCACACACUGAUGUUGGACAAGAAGGCCUGGCUCUCAGUCUCUGCUCUAAUUCAUCCCAAAGGUGUUCUAUCAGGUUGAGGUCAGGACUCUAUGCAGGCCAGUCAAGUUCAUCCACACCAGACUCUGUCAUCCAUGUCUUUAUGGACCUUACUUUGUGCACUGGUGCACAGUCAUGUUGGAAGAGGAAGGGGCAGCUCCAAACUGUAAAAACAGUCUGCAUGCCUAGGUGCUUGAUUUUAUACACCUGUGAUCAUGGAAGUGAUUGGAACACCUGAUUCUGAUAAUUUGGAUGGGUGAGCAAAUACUUUUGGCAAUAUAGUGUACGUAGCCAUGGUCAUGACCUAAUUAUCUCAUUCUCUCAAGUUACAAAUCCAAAGCCAUGACCUCAUAACCUGAGGGAAUGAGAUAAUUAAGUCAUGGCCAUGGAUUUGUAACUUGAGAAAAUGUUCUCCUUCCCUCAAGUUACAAAGCCAGCACAACUUAAUUAUCUCAUUCCUUCA